AGUCGGGAUUGGGACUUUGGAGAAGGAGGUAGCAAUCUGAAGAGGUGAUUGAAAAGAAAAAAAAAACAAGAUCUUCAUUUCGACCAUCCAAUCGUUUUCACUGCAACGUGAACCAUCAGAUCUUCCACCGGACACAAUGGCCGACAAUGAAUUAUUCGAUGACCCCGAGAAGCUGAAGCGGGGUCUGGUGAAGGUGCUAGAAUGUGUGGCCACCAUCUCCUCAGCAGCAGCGGUGGUCAAUCCCAUCUUCGGUGUGGCUGGAUCUCUCAUCCGUGUGGUUCUACACCACGUGGACGAUGAAGACCUCCAGAAACUCAAGCGAGAGUUCGGCAGCGUCAAUCGAGCUCUGGAUGAAAUUUCACAGCAAAACCGCCAAGCCCUGCUUCAAAUACGGAAGGAAACUGUGGACAGACAGUACCACGAAGUGGAGGAAAACAUCCGCCAUCAGUUCCGCAAGUUCAUGGAGAUCAUGGAGGCAAAGCCGGAGCAUCUCCAACGCAAGAAGGAGGAUUUCGUGGAGAGCUUCAUCAAUGAUAAAGACGACCAGAACAUGUACACGCUUUACGACGGUGUGAUGGGGAAGCGCAAGCUCUUCAGUCAGCCAAUAUUAGAUGUGUACAUGAAGCACUCACAAGGAGAUCACCGUGUCAUGGAAAACCUCUGCACUCGACUGGCGUACCUCUUCUGCAUCGGUUUCAUCGCUCUCAUGGGCUACUACGGCAUCCUGGGAGAUGAUCUGGAGUCUCGAAAUGAGGAGUGGGAGGAAAACAUGAGGAAUGUGCAGGAGAAAAUGCAGGAGGUGCUCAGGAGUUGCAAGUGAUGCACAAACGACGCUCUUUAUUGCCUUUUUCCUCUAAUAGACUUCAUUGAUCUGCAGUGUCUAAUGCAGCAUUAUCCUCCCGAUGACUGCAGAUCAUGCUGACGCUUUCUCUCUCACACACUGUG